AUGCGACAAUCGUUUGGUGUCACUUCGAAAUUCUUUCGACGGUCUCUACCCGACAACGUCAGUAGUCAGCCACCAGCACCACCAAAAUUGCCGCUCUACCCAUUAAACACAACGGGUCAAGUGUUUGCGUGGACACGAUCGGUACCGCGUGGCAUCGCCACCACCGUACUCCCACCAUCUCCAAUUUGGUUACCGCCACAAAGAACGGCAGAUCCAUUGACGUUGAUUCUGCCAAAUUUGUUCCAUUUACAAAAUUCGCCCGUUGACUCUACGAUUAUUCGAUUAAAGCAAUAUCUUAAAAAGAACAAGACUAUAAACCCAAAUAGCACUCGAACUAGGCAGCAGAAAACGUUGAAACGAGGGACAGAAAAUUCCCAACAGAUGGAUUCCAAGGAUCCAAAAUCUGGAAAUAUGUUUAAGAAGCCGGAAGCUAGGGUGUAUCCGAUUGGAAAGAAUAUGCAAAAAUUUGACGUGAUGAAUAUGGCAUCCAAGAAACAGCAGCAGUCGUUCGUUGAGAAGCUUGCAGACCAAAUCGAAGCCGCUGAAGCUGAACGACUAGCUUCAGAAGCUGACAACCCUCUGAAAUAUACGAAGACGCCGCCGAUAUUCUCCAAGCGAAGUGCUUUAGCGAAUUCGGUUAACCAAACGGCCAAUGUACGAUUGAAUCCAGAGCACAUGAAGCCGACUACACCAUUCAGCUCAGCACCGAUACGAUUAUGGCGUGAUAAGGCGAAAGCGUCAUCGGCUAUUGGCUUCGAUAUCGACAACGGUAUCCAACAAGUUGCCUUAGUGCCCAGCUUUGUUCGUUUCAGCACAAAUCUCAUGGAAGAAUCUGGGGGUUUGCACUCAAACGACAUCAUCGGCAAAAUCCGCAAACCACCACCGUAUCCGUUCAGUCACUGCUACAUGAAUGUUGACGGUUGA